CGGCCUCUUUGCACAGACGCACGCUUCCAAAGCCUCGCCCUCGCCCUUUUGCAAGCCUGGCUCCUCCUCAUCGUCCUAUAUACACACACACACACACAUGCCUUGGCACCAUGACUACUACUACCACGGCUACACUCAGUUUUAAUCGAUUGCUGCGUUAUACAGGAAGUUAAGGCCGUUGGGCAAGUAGAAAACUACAUUCUGAGCAGCCAUGAUAAAGCUGAGGUACUCCAAGAGGCUGUUCAAGAGGAGCUCCUGGUCGAUGGCGAGUGCUGGCGGCGGCCAUGGCAAUGUGGCCGGCGGUGUCACCGGCGGUGGGGAGAUAGAGUGGGAGGUGAGACCGGGAGGGAUGCUGGUGCAGAAGAGGGACGCGGGGCGGGCGGAGGAGGUGAUACUGGUGAGGGUGUCCACUGGAUUCUCAUGGCAUGAUGUCUCCAUUGGGGCCACACGCACUUUUGGGGAAUUGAAGGUGAUGUUGUCCGUGGUGACCGGGCUGGAGCCGAGGGAACAGAGGCUACUGUUCAAGGGGAAGGAGAGGGAGGACACUGACCACCUCCACAUGGUUGGGGUGAGUAACAAGGACAAGGUCCUCCUUCUCGAGGACCCUGCCCUCAAGGAUAUGAAACUCAGGGCGGCGAGAGCAGUUGCGGCACAGGCCGUGCAAAGCCCACGCCAACCUUUUAUUAAAGUGUAGGCUGCGGUCAGCCAUAUCGCCACGCUAACUAGCAGAGCACAAAUUGUUUUUUGUUGUUGCAAAAUACUAAUUUCCGGAAGGUUUUAUGUCUGGAAUUGUCCAAGCGGGGGGUGUGUUUUUAGCUCCUUGCUUUGGUUAAUGUUAGCACAACUUUAUGGUAGGGCAAAAUAAGUGUCCCUCGAGAUAAGAGUGAGAGAGCUUUCCGAUCAUGUUUUUUUGGCGAAACCUGAUCAAGUGAUCAUGUUAGUUAGUUGCAUGGUGGUUGCGAAGAUGUGAUGUUAUGCCUCAUGUCGGGCUCAUGUUGUCCCUA